AUGGUCAUUCUGUACAGUGGACACUCAGCAUCAGCAUCAAUGGCUCGUACCAAGCAGACCGCUCGUAAAUCUACUGGAGGCAAGGCCCCACGAAAGCAGUUGGCCACUAAGGCCGCUCGCAAGUCAGCACCGGCAACCGGAGGUGUGAAGAAGCCUCAUCGUUACCGCCCGGGAACCGUCGCUCUUCGUGAGAUCCGUCGUUACCAGAAGUCGACCGAGCUGCUCAUCCGCAAACUGCCGUUCCAGCGUCUGGUCCGUGAAAUCGCUCAAGAUUUCAAGACCGAUCUGCGUUUCCAAUCAUCGGCUGUGAUGGCUCUCCAGGAGGCCUCUGAGGCGUACCUCGUUGGUCUUUUCGAAGACACCAACUUGUGCGCUAUCCAUGCCAAGCGUGUCACCAUCAUGCCCAAGGACAUCCAGCUGGCUCGCCGUAUCCGCGGUGAACGUGCUUAA